UCUAACCGUAUAUAUUUCAAGUAAAACAAUGUACAAUAAAUUUGUAGUAACAAUUUAAUCUGUACAGAAGAGUAAAACUCUUUUGAAAUGAAAGAUAACGAUCAUACAAUACUAAUUCGUAUAAAUUGAAUGAAGCAUCUCUUCGUCGUGAUAACAAGUACAAUAUCAGGGCCGAAUUGAAAUCUUCAAAGGACCCAAACGUUAAAAAAUUUUAGUACUUUAAUUUUGGAAAAUAUGAGCCAUAAUAAAUUCGAUAAUAAAAAAUUUCUGCAUUAUCCUUUUCCCUUGGACGUUCUAAACACGUGUUUAUUUUGCCUAUUGAUUUUAUACCAUAAAUCAUGAAUAUUUUGAUGCAAAGCUAGUUCAAUAAAAGAGAGCUAAAUAUCACAAAAACUGUUCACUAAAUUUAUUACAAAUAAAAUAACCAACAGAAAAGGUUUGAUGGUGCUCAAAGCAUUAAUGCAGCCCUGAUUAUCAUGCACGUCCGUGCACAUGCAAGCCUUGCACGAUAAUCAGACCUUACGUAUGUAGGUAAGCUCACUACUGCGUAGCACACAUGCAUGAACCACGUGGUUGAAUACGACGCAUGCGUGACACGUGCGCGCACACCUAACCUCAUCGGAUCAAUGUAUGAGUAUUCGUAACAGUAUUGUGAAGAAUGCCAGUAUGUAUCGGAUUCCGUAACGAUUCGAAUAAACAAUCGGAGGCAAACGCCGUAUAUUCUUGUAUUUCAAAGAGGACUUGUAAGCAAGUACAGUAAUUUCUUUACAACACGGAAUACGUGGAGGGGAUUCACAUUGUAAAUUUCUCUAUCGAGGUAGCAACCUUUUCGAUUUCAAUACGAUUCCAUUGAGCACGGACAACGAGUACAAUUACGUCCCGUCAUUUCGAACGAAUAAAUGUUUCCCUUAAUUUAUUUUUAAUGGAGAUUUCAUCAAUUAUUAAGCAAAUGCUGCUAUAUCGGCGUUAACUCGGCAUCGGUCGCUGCUGAAACUGCGUUGUCUGUUUCGAGAGUACAUACAGUAAUUACGAUAGUUUAAAGACCUGAGCUGGAGUUUGUAUUAAAGUACCUUCAGAAACAUGAAUGCGGAAAUUUACGAAAGUUUACCGACGUCUUCUGUGGCUAUACACAUGACAGCAGGUGCAUUCGCUGGAAUUAUGGAACAUUGCGUGAUGUAUCCACUUGACAGUGUUAAGACAAGAAUGCAAGCAUUAACACCAGGUCCAGGUGGAGGAGGUGGAAUAAGAACAGUUUUAAGUAGUAUGAUACGUCAAGAAGGUGUUUUAAGACCAGUUCGUGGUAUGAGUGCAAUGGUUGUAGGAGCUGGACCUGCACAUGCACUAUAUUUUUCAUGCUAUGAGUUUAUUAAAAACAAGCUCGUAUCUUCAAGGGCGCAUUCAGAAUUGAAUGUAGUUGCUUAUGGAUCAGCUGGUUGUAUAGCAACACUUCUUCAUGAUGGUGUAAUGAAUCCAGCAGAAGUGGUUAAACAGCGAUUACAAAUGUAUAAUUCUCCUUAUCGAAGUGUUGUAACGUGUAUAAAUAACAUAUACCAAAAUGAAGGUUUACGUGCAUUCUAUAGAAGCUAUACAACUCAAUUGGCUAUGAAUGUGCCUUUUCAAAUGAUUCAUUUUAUUAUUUACGAAACUGCACAAAACUUCACAAAUCCAGAACACACUUACAAUCCUAUAGCACAUAUGGUAUCUGGCGCAUUAGCAGGAGCUGUUGCUGCUGCAUGCACAACACCUUUAGAUGUUUGUAAAACGCUUCUAAAUACACAAAAUGGUGUACAUGCUCAAGGUAUGAUAGAUGCUGUUAAAAAAGUUUACAACUACGGAGGUAUAAGUGGUUAUUUCCGUGGUAUAAAUGCCCGUGUUCUUUAUCAAAUGCCAGCAACUACAAUUUGUUGGUCCACAUACGAAUUUUUUAAAUAUAUUCUUCAUAAGAAACAAGACGAUGGAUAUUAUAUACCAGAAGCUGACAAUGAUUUAAGUGGAACAAAUCAGCAGGCUGCUUCUUCCUGGUCUAGUCGUAUUGAAAACGUGCGAGUAUAUCUUAAAAAAAAUACUCCAACCUCAGAGUUGCUCGAUGUAACUACAAGUUAGGUAUUUUUGAAUUCUUUAAUAGUACCAUUUAAAUUGCACCGAAGAACUGUUGGAUGAAGAAGCAUCCGGUUUACGUAUUUGAAGAGUUUAUCGAUGAUAUUUCGUUAAUUCAUCUGUUACAAUGGUAUUAUUACACAUGUAUAAAUAACUCGUAAUGAGUGGGUAUUACAAUUCAUUAAUUAAAAAUUCAUUUUUGAGUCAAGUGCAGGGCGCAGGCUCAUUGAAACGAAAAUGUUGCAGAAAAUUGUUUAAGUUACUUCUCCAUAUAUGGCAAUUUGAAAGGACAUAUGUUAUCUAUAAUAUAAUUGCAUUUUUUUAUACGUCAAAAAUAAUCACGUAAUAAUUUACAAACAUUAUCAACAAUAACAAAUAACGAUUA